AUGACAACCCCAUCACUAUCUAAUCAAUAUCCAAUAACAACAUUACCAAGAGUAAAUGGGGUUUCAAUAGAAAAUAAAUUAAUUAUACCACAAUAUUCACAAAAUGAUUCAACCACAUCAUCAUCAUCAUCAGUAUUAGAUUUUGUAAUAUCAAAAUCAAUGAUUUGUUCAUACCUAAUAAAACCAACUCCAAAAUUAAUAUGGUCAUUUGCCCUAAAGCCUUCAGUUAUUGUUGAAUGUAUUGAUGUUUUUAGAGUGGAUAAUAAAAAAAUAUAUUUGGUGGGAAUAAGUGAAAGAAAAACUUUUAAAUUGAUACUAGUUGAAACUUUGAUUAAACAAGAUAAUGGUAUAACUUCUUAUGAUACCAUUAAUUCUUAUGAGUAUAAAGUUGAUACUGAAAUUAGUGGAGUAAAAUUUUCCAAUGAAAAUAAUUUUGUAGUAGUUUACAAAAAUGGGAUAGUUGAAUUUAUAAAUUUCAAAGAUGAAAAGUUCACCAAAGGUUUUAACCUUCAAACAGAGGGAGAGAUUAUAUACAAUAACUUUAUAAACGACUUGGAAGAUAAUUUAUUAUUAACUGUAUCACAACUGAAAAAGGAAUUAAUAUAUCAGAUUUUAUCAGUAAAUCAAACAAAACCAAUAUUUGAAAUUCAAAAUCAUCACAGCCCAUUAAUUGAAAAUCCAAUCUUUGCAUACAUAUCGGGGAACUUAUAUCAAUACCAUGAUGGUUUAAUAGAUACUUUAGCAGUUCCAAGUUUCACUAAAACAAAUACAUUGUCAGUCUCAUCAAUUAUAAAUAAAGAAGAAAAAGUUUCAAUAAAAUCACCAGCUCCAGAUAGAUUAUUAUUAGGAAAUGCAAACAAGAUAUAUUUAUUAAAUUUAAAAUUUGGUGCAAAAUUAUUCGAAUUCAAAUCUGUUUCAAGUUCAUCCAAUCCGGUUGAGGAUAAAGUAUUUAUCAAUCAAGUUAUCCCAGUAAAAGGUUCAUCUAUCAAUACAACUACAACCACUGGUUUCUACAUUAAUUUGAAGAAUAAAGAUAAUAAUUUAUAUUUAAACACAAUUGACAUUAAUGUUGGAUUAAAUAAAUUAAAUGAAUGUCUUGGGAAGUCCAUAUCACACGAAGAUGAACAUAAAUUGAAUAACAUCAUAAAUAUAUAUGAUGAUAAUGAAACUCCAGAAGAUACUGAACUAAAUGAAGUUUACCAAAGUUUGAAAAAGGCAAAAGAAGAACAUGAUCUAAACAAAUGGGAAUCAAUAUUAAUUCCAUAUUUGAAAAAUAACAAAUCAUGGAAAGAAAUUCAAACUACCAAGCCUAAAACCACCAAGGAAAAAGUUUAUCAAUUUAAAGAAUUUGAUGUUGAAAAUGAUAGGAUAAUAAAUAUAAAUUUUAUAAAUUUAAUAUUUGAAUUAAUAUUCACUACUACCCCAAUCCUCAACUUUAUAUCAAUUGAAUUCAUACCAGAAUAUACUUUAAUGUAUUUAUUAACUAGUCCAAUAUUUCCCAAAAAAUACUCAAAAAAUUUAUUAUCAUUAUUGUACAACACAAAUAAUUUUACCUUACUAAAACAAGCUAUUAUCACAUGUUCAAAUAUUCCAUUAAGUGAUUUGAUAAAUCAAUUAAUUAUCACACCAACAGAAGAAAAAGAUAUAAUAUCAGAUUUAAUAACUAGAUUAAUUGAAGAUUUUUCAACUUUUGAAAUUUCAACCAAUUUCAAAUCCAUUAUCGCAAAUCAAAACACAAAAUUAAAUAUAAUUGAAUUUGUAAACAAAAUAUUAUCAAUAAAUAAUUACAAUAAAUGGAAAUUGAUAGAAAUAUUAAUAGAUAUAAAUGGUUUAUUCAAUUGGACUGAAACUAAUAUCACAAAAUUAAAUGAAAUAUUAGAUUCUAAAAUAAAAGUCAUUGAUUCAAACGCUUAUAAUUUAACAUUAAUUGAUCAAAUUAAUUUGAAAAGAAAUACAGCUAAAAAAUCACAACAAAAAUCAUCAACUGGAUUAUUAACAAUUACUGAUCAAACUAAAUUAAAUCAUAAAAAAUUAACAAAUUCAGAAUUAAAUAAAAUAGAUGAUGAAAAAAUCCCAGUUUAUUCGAAAGAAACGUUACAUUUCUAA